GAGCUAGAGGAUUUUACCGCCGUUGGGGGAGAGCGCUAAUUAGCGGCCGGCGAUCCUCCCUCUCUCAAUCCCUGCCGGAUCGCUACUUAACAGGCCAUUAAAUUGAGUGCAAAGUGUGGAGGGCUGCUUGAUUCUUACUGUGGAGCCUCGCGCCCCCACUUCUGCCCCAUUGAAUGUAUCUGCAGCCUUCUCUAAUUACCUCGUGGCCUCUUUAAACAGACCAAGCGGAUUGUUCGCUGCAUUCUUGCAGCUGAGGAGCUUCGCGCCCCCCCUCCCCCUUCUGGGUUUCAGUGGCCCGAAUCCGGAGGCUUUUCAAAUUGCGCCUGGUGGAGCUUCACGCCCCCCUCCCUCCCUGUAGCAGAGAUUUCUUGUUUUAGGCGCUGGCCACCAUUGAGAAUUAGUGGAGCUUUACGCCCCCACCCGUGUUCUUAAUUACAACGGUCACAGGACUGUGGCCUUAAUUUGCCUGAUUGCUUGUUUAACUGCUUGCCUCCCAUUAUUUAACGUUUUAAACGGCCUCCCUCCCCCCACCAAUUCUCCAGUUCGUGGAGUUGUUACGCUCCCAAUUUAAUCUGUUGAGCCUUUGGUUUGUAAUAAUUAAGAAACAGUUUACACGAGGCCUUUUUUCCUGUGGAGUUCCUUUCGCUCCCUGCUAUCUGUUCAGAAUCGGAUUGUUAAUACACAGUCUGGUGCGUGGGGGAGGCGGUUCUUACAACCUUGUUGUGAGCUAUGCCUAAGGCCCUUUCAAAGUCUUCCUCCUCUCCUCAGCCUCCUGCUCCUUCUAGUCCUCCUCCAGUCACCGUACCCCAUUCACCUACUCCUGACCAGCUGUCUCUGCAAGAUUGUCCAGUGACUAUUUCUGAGGAAAAUUUGUGGGGCCCUGGUUCAGUUCCUCAGCAACCGCCCCCUGAUCCAGCAACAGUACAGGUGGUUCAUUCGUCUGAUUCUGUUCAUGCCCGCUCUUUGGAUCCAUUAGUUCCUGCAGAUCAGCUGCAACAGAUGAUUGAGGCGGCGGUUCAAAAGUCCUUAGCCGCCCGUUCAGGCCUUUCCAGUCGACAGGGAUCAGUAAGAGAGCCUUCUCCCUUCUCAGCGGGCCGUAGUGACGAAGGAUGUUCACAUUCAGUUCGCUCCGCUUCUCCUACUUCUUCCCAUUACAGUCAUCCUUCAGCCUUCAUUGACGAAGGAGAUCCUGAUUCUGACCUGUCGGAGGAUGAGAACCUUCCCCCGGAUCAGCCUGCUUUCACGGGUCUCUUUCCUCAGGCCUUGUUCAAAUCAUUGCUCUUCAAGGCUGUUAAUACGGCCCGUUUGUCCUCUCCAAACGCUGAUCCGGUACCUCCUCAGUCUUCCUCUGGAGCUUUGGACCUGAUGUUCGCGGAACCAGCUAGGCCUAUAACAUCCGUUCCUACUCCCCCCCUCUUUCUGGACGUAGUGAAACGACAGUGGGAAUCCCCGGCAUCUGCUCCCCUACCUUCGUCUAAUGACAAAAGAAACUUCCAAGUAUCCUCGGAUCUUGAGACUCUUCUUCAGAUUCCUUCGGUGGAUGCCCCAGUUGCAGCUCUUCUUCCUAACUCCAAUGUUCCGGGCGAGCCGGACGAAGGUUUCCGCCCUGAGGAACGCAGAUCUGAUCAAGUUCUUCAAAAGGCCUUUCAAAGUUCCUCCUGGGCGAUUAAAGCAACUACUACGGCAUCCUUCUUCAAUCGGACAACGUUGCUUUGGUUACGUCAGUUGCAAGAAAAGCUGGCCCCCGGAGAUACUCGUAUUAGACAAGACCUGAAUAAAAUUGUGGCUGCCGUUCAAUUUUCAGCCGACUCUACUCUGAAUGCUGCCAGGUUCUCCACAAAAUCGUUGGCUUCGGCUGUCACGGCUCGUCGUUUGUUGUAUCUCCGUCACUGGCAGGCUGAUGCCAGGCACAAGUGGCGAUUGGCUUCGGUUCCCUUUAAGGGCACGAAGCUUUUCGGGGACGCUUUAGACCCCUUCCUCACAGAAACCAGGGACAAAAAGAAGGUGUUAGCAGCUGUUUUCCGGAGAGGAGCGCCCCGUUUCUCUCCUUACCCUUCUCGUUCUUACUCUAGAGAAGGCUGGCAGAGGCACUUCAUCGAAGCCGAUCCCUCUUCCUCCUGCGGUACGAAGAUCCCUCCGGUGGUGGCGCUCCCCCGCUCUCUCGGGUUGCUUCUUCCUCGAGCCCUCGAGGGUGGUGGUGACUUCAGAUGCCAGUCUCCUGGGCUGGGGAGCCCAUUGUCAAGGUCAACUGGCUCAAGGGACUUGGACACCUUCGGAAGCUCGACAUCCCAUCAAUUGGCUGGAGCUGAAGGCCGUGUACCUAGCUCUAAAGUCCUUCCGCCAUCUGGUCUCCAGGACCCACGUCCUCGUCCUCACGGACAAUGUCGCGGCAAAGGCUCAUUUGAACAAACUGGGGGGCACCAGGUCGAAGUCUCUUCUAACCCUGGCUGUCGCGUUGGGCGUCUGGUCAGAACGCCACCUGUGUUCCCUUCGGGCGGAACACAUCUCCGGGGUACAGAAUGUUCAAGCGGACUGGUUGAGUCGUCGGCGGAUAGACAACGCGGAAUGGUGUCUCCUCCCGCUCCUCUUCCAUGA